GUGUUUAAACGGCAAAGAAUGGAGGGAGCGUUUCUUAAUGACUCUGUCCCACUCUUCAUUGGUGAAGAUGGGCAAUAUGUCGAUGUGCAAUCUGUCAUCGAUGCUGCAGUAAGCCAGGGCAUCUACUUUCAGUAUUACGAGGCAUCAAAUGAGGACUGUGAAUUUUUUACAUUCGUUGGUGGAAAGAAAAAGAGAAAGUGCAGCCCUUACACCUCUCGAACCAAGAGAACUUCAACCAAAAAA